AUGCCUUCGAAGCAUUGUGUGAAACACUUCUCAACAGAGGUCGAGCAGAGGCUUAAGGGGAACGAUCGAUCCCGCGCAUUCCUCACAGACGAGCUCGAAAUAUUGAAGUCUCGGUCCGACGAGGUUGAUCGCUUGGAAGAGGAAAACCGGAAGCUGAGGACGAAACUCCUCCAAAUCCAUCACCAAAAUCGCUCUGUCGAGUCAUCUCGAGGAAGCCCUCGGCCGAGUUAUGUCACCAACGACCAAGCCACCAACACAGACCCCGCCUCUGCAGAUGGUCCUGAGAAUGGAGGCGACCUAGAGAACGUGCUGCGGGAAAGCCACAAGCUGCGACGGAAAUACACUGCCCUGGACCAGAAUUUCAGGAUACUGAAAGCAGAAUUCAAUAAGAGAAGGGACGAGAGGAAGGAGGAGAUCAAGAAAUGGGAAGACUAUGCGACAGAAUUGGAGACGAAGAUCAAAGUCUUGGAGCAACGUGAUGGUGACGCCGAUGCGGCUGCGUACACAGCAGAAGGCCUUCAAGAGCAAAGCAGGCCGCGCGCUCACUUGGCUUCGAGGUUGACAAUCGAUCCUGAUACCGGGAUCUUGACGACACUCAGCAAUUCGCGGGCUUUGCGACAAUAUUCUGCCGAGAGAGCUCCCGUGCAAUCAGAUGUCGAGACGCAGGAUCUGUCUGCCGCAGAUAUCACGGAGGGGGAGACGACAGAGGGUAGUAAGGACGCCGAUGCUGUUACUCUUCCACCAUUGAGACAGACCGCCAAAACGGAUUCAGACAUUCGCAUCAAACCAGAGCCUUCCUCAGACGGGCCUAUCAUCGUCUCUGAGCGCCUUGUAGGCAAGAGAAAGCACGCCGAUUCCUCCUCAGAACAACAAGGACGACGUAGGGUGAAGAUUGAGAGCUCGAAUCUUACUACUGGCCCUAUUACUAGUCAGCUUCAACAAGAGAGCAUGGACCUGGAUGAGGUCGGUCAGAGACUAAGCACGCCACGGAAGAAUAGGUUAUGGGCUGAUGCCCUGGCCGCGCCCGGUCAAAUUGACAUGGAGCGAGCUCAGACAGCCGCUCCCGUCUUUGUCAGGCGCGACAACACCAACACUCCGACUACCAGGAUACCCAAUUCAACAGCGGUUCUGACACCGAUCAACCCUAACGCUCGUCCGGUACGCCCGUAUGAGUUGAACACCGUGGAGAAGCCAACAAGGAAAGGGCUCGCUCAAGGCAUAAGGAGCUUGGCUGAGGACGGCUUUGUUUAUGAUACAACGGGCCGCGAAGAGCCGGCGGGGCUUUUCCGCACCCCGCAACCUCCCGGUCGCUUGAGUACGCUAUUGAACGCACCAUCUCCAGAACAAGCCCCUGCCAUAGUACGGUCAAUACCUCGUCUUCGGGAUACAGGUCGAGCGGAGGAGGAUGGACCGCAGUUUCCCGAGCGUCGGGAAUUGCCAUUCAAUAAAGAACGCCGGGACAGGUCGAAGGAAGCUCCAAUCGGCCGGAGGGAGCACGAGGAGAACACGGAGCCCACCACAGCCCGCGGGCAGCCCAGAAAUCGUGCGACGGUCGAGGCACAGCCGCUGCCCCAGAAGGGGUCAUUAAGGUCAAAGCCUGCCACUUCCCUACGGCUUGAAGACUUCAAGGUCAAUCCAAAGUUCAACGGCGGUUCCGACUACGCAUUCUCGGAGGUGGUCAGGAACAGGGAAGACAGAGCCUGUUUGCCUGGUUGUACAGACAUGAACUGCUGUGGCCCUCAAUUUCGCGGCAUGGCUUUGGCUCAAAAGAACAAUGUCCAUCGUACCCCGGCAUCAGACACCAAAUUGUUUGAGGAUUAUCUCGGUGACAGAAUCACUAUCAUUCUGGGGAUGUCCAAGGCAGAGAGGGAAGACUUGUGGAUAGAGGCUAAAACAUGGCAACUCGCGAAUGAGUUGGGCAAACAUCGUCAUCGUUACGCUCGAAGGGCAUCUCCUCCGGGCUUCUGGAACGCGGAUUUCCCUACUACGCAGGAAGACGAGGCUGAGAGGGCAGAAGGCGAGAAGAGGGAGAAGCAAAUGAUUCAAGAACGAUAUCGGGAAGCAAUGAGAGGAGGGGGACGCUGGAUCUUCAAGGACGAACUUGAGCUAUGGAUCACCCGCAACGCGUAUAUGCUAGAGUCCCGCCGGGACACGGAAGACUAUAGUGGGGUCGAUUUCGGGCAAAUUGCGGAAGAAGAGACCCAAUACCAGCCUGCGAUGAUCGAAUACAACCGCACAGCUAACUUCACAGCCGUCGCCCCGUCCCAAUCCUCGACCCUUCACCGUUGCUGCCUUCAUCGCAGCUCGCCCCUUCGUGUCUGCGCGAUUAAUCACCUGUUCGGGCCCAUUUUCUUCCCAACGAUUCCCCGCAACCCCUACGAGAGCGACGCACGACUCAAGGCGAUUGGAAAUAUUACCUUCUCGAAGCCGCAGAUUCAAGGCAGUGAUAGUUCCAGCCGUGGACGAUCACUGCAAAUACACGACUCCCAAGCCGGCAGGAUGAACAAUCGUCAUCUGCCGGCUGGGCAAGCCAUGCCGGGGGGCGGAGGGCCAGGAGGAGGUGUCGAUAUGGGUGGUGGUCCCGGAGGGGGUAACAGACGGAGGAUGCAGCAACAGCCGACGUAUGCGCAAUACCAGCAAUAUCAACAGUAUCAGCAGCAGCCCAUGUAUCCAAACUACAUGAACCCCUACGCUCAGCCGACGCCGUAUUACCAUCAGCUGCCGCAUCAGUACCAGAACGGAGGCAUGCCCUCUGGCUACAUGCACUAUCAGCAACAGCAGCCCUACGUGCGGUCACCACAGGCCAUGCCUCAACCUCAAUAUGUCCCCAUGGCCGGCGUGAGCGUUCCUCAGCCGUAUUCGCAACCGUCGCCUGCUCUCUCAACGCCGUAUCACCCACCUCCCGUCCCUGCUGUCAACCCUGUUCAGACGCCGCCGCCUCCUCCGCCUCCGCACGUUGAACCUACGCCCGAGCCUUCAGUCGUCACACCUUCUGUAGUGUCCUCGGUCGUGUCUUCAUCAGUCGUCACGCCCUUCGCUGAGCCAUUCCACCCGGCCGCGGCGCCCCCAACCCCUGCCUCUGCCCCUGCUCCCGAGAGCCUAGAGCUUCCCAAAGAUGUAAAGGAAUUUCGCGCACCAGUAAGUCCAGCAGAUCCUAUUCAUGUUGGCUUCGUAGCUAAACAAAGAAAGCUCCCUUGGACACCUCCCGACCAAGCACCGUUCCCUAGAAGGGCUCCCAAGUCAAGGCGAAGCAGAAGAUUGAUGAGCGCGAAUGCUCAGAAUCUGACACUGCCUGUGGAGCAGCACGAGGGCGCUCUCGAGUCGGCCACCAAAAGCGGCACGGAGGACAGCCUCCAAGUGAAGGCCGAUGCGAAGAAGGUGGCGCCCUGGAACUCCAAGGACACCGACUCCGAGAGCGCCACCCUGAGAGCAGACUCCCUGGCGUCUGAAACUCCUAAGGAGAGUGACAGGUCAGCGACUAGCGUCUCAAACAUGGGCAGCCCGAAGGUGAAUGUACCGGGGUCUGAGGCCAGACCCACGACAAGCAACUCGAACGCCUCGGCGUCCCGCCCUGCCGUUCCUGUUGUCCCAGUCAUCCCAGCUCUUCCGAAGAGCAGCCCCAAGGAGGCUAAGGCAGCAAGCGUCAGCCAGCUCGCAGAAGAGCCCAAGCAAGUUGCAUCUCAGGAGGCGAAGCCUGCUGAAGCAACAGAGGGCACGGAAGUUGCUGGCGCGGAGCAAGAGAAGCUCGAGGCUCCUCCGGCAGCUCCCGCCAAGGCGGCCCCGAAGUCAUGGAGUGGACUGUUCUCCGCAGCCGCCGCCGCUGCUGCUCCCAAGGCGCAGCCCGCUGCUAAUGGCCCUGUUGCUCCGGCCGCAGCCAACGGUGCCACCACAAAUGGCGAUGGUGCUGUCAACGGCAGCGCACCCACCUUUUCUGCAGGAAACACAAACUCUCUGGCAUCUGCCAUCCAAGACUUCCGUGUUAGCAAUGCUGCCAGGGUUCAGUUCAUCGAGCCGAGAGGCCUGAUCAACACCGGCAAUAUGUGCUACAUGAAUUCAGUUUUGCAAGUCCUUCUUUUCUGUGCGCCAUUCUACAACUUCUUGGAUCAGGUCAGCAAGAAGGCUGUGCACAAGUUCAAGAGCGACACGCCCGUCAUAGAUGCCAUGAUUAUGUUUAUGAGGGAAUUCCGGGUCAUCGACUCGACUGAAACGGUCGAGAAAUUGCGCCGGAAGCUCAAGAGCGAGCAGCUGGAGCAAUAUGGUGAUUCGUUCAUUCCCGAGUUUGUGUACAAGGCCAUCCAGCCUCUCCCGGCGUUUGCUAGCAUGAGACGUGGACACCAGCAAGAUGCUCAGGAGUUCCUGGGUUUGAUUCUCAAUGCCAUCGACGAAGAAUGCGCCCAAGUAAUGUCAACGAGUGGCUCUUCCAAUGGGGCCGCUGAAACCCGGCCUACAUCCUCCGCCGCCAGCGUCGUUGAGUCGAACGACGGCGCGGACGGGUGGUUUGAAGUUGGAUCGAGACAGAGAGCAGUUGAGACGCGCUCGUCCGGAGCCAGCUCGACGACGCCCAUCACUCGUUUGUUUAGUGGACAGUAUCGAUCAGAGCUUCGCCGUCCUGGUGUGAAGGACUCGGUGACUACGGAGCCUUUCCAGUCCCUGCAGUUGGACAUUGGCGCCCCGUACAUUCAUAACGUUGUCGACGCGAUAAAGGGUCUAACGGUGCCCGAGAGGCUACAGGGCGAUGCUGCCCCCAUGACGAAGCAGACUCUGAUUGAGACUUUGCCCCCGAUUCUCAUCCUUCACCUGAAGCGCUUCAAGUUCGACACUGAAGGAACGACCAAGAUCGGCAAGAAGGUCGGUUACCCUCUCGACUUGCAGCUCCCCGCGGAAGUUCUCUCGAAGCGACGACGCAACGCUCUUGUCUCCGAGGGUGCCGGCAUGCCCAAGUACAGGCUCAUCGGUGUCGUCUACCACCACGGCAAGCAAGCCAACGGCGGUCACUACACAGUGGAUGUGCGACGGCAAGACGAAAAUGAGUGGAUCCGCCUGGAUGAUACGAUCAUCCGACGUGUCCGCAGUGAGGACGUGGCCGAGGCUGGUGCGGAGGAGGAUGCCAAGGACACGGGCCGAUCAGGUCCCGCGUCGCGCGACGCGUCGACCAACCGGUUCGGCGCCAUGGCAGACGACGACGAGGGCGAUGAUUGGAAGGAGGUCACUACCUCUGCCAAGGGCGGUGAUAAGGGCGGCGAGAAGAAGUGGAGCGCCGUGGCCAACGGCAAUGGCACCGCGUCCAAGGGAAAGCCGGCCAAGGACAACAUCAAAGACAACAAGGUUGCCUACCUGCUAUUCUACCAGCGAGUCUGA